GCUUCAGUUGCGUUUCAUUCGUAUCUGUCGGAUGUCGUUGGAGUUCGUGCGUUACCCAAGUCGGUUUUGUCGGUGUUUUUGAUUCGAAUGAAAUAUUUUUUGAACGGCAAACGACUCUUCUGUAACGCCGGUGUUUUUUAAGGAAUAAAAAUAAAUAUACAAAGUUAGUACACUAAGUGCGGUUUGUGAGACAUCAGUGCCUGAGAUCCUUCCGUUCGCCUGCCUGUUUUUCGAAUUGGAAUCCGUCUCCCGCUGAGGCGCAACAGUUGUUUCGGAAAGAGAAUCUGUAUGGAAAUGAUAUCCGUGUGUUUCUAAAGAGCCAAAGCCAAACAAGAAGUCGGAUUUGUUAUUGGAAAGUACAAGCCCAGAGCGGCGCUCACAUAGACACACACUCUAGAUGCCAACAAAUCCCCAGCAAAUCUUAAACCAGUUUCAAGAUACAUAUUCUUUGGUGUCAGUGUGUGCAUGUUGAUUUUUUCUGGCAUUGUUUUCGUUUUUUCUGCUGCUGCCGCUGCUGCUGGCUCUGCAUCUUUUUUGUGUACCCUUUUCGCUGCCGCUGCCACCGCGGCCCUCUAAUCGCGUUUCCAUUUUCUGGCCGCCGUCCACAUCCGAGUGGCUAGAGAUUUGAGUGAGCUCUGGGGUCCAGCAGAGCAACAAGUACCCAGUACCCAGUACCAGUAACCAGUGCCAAGUACCACCACCACCACCGCCAAGUGCCUGAGCCAGCCCGCGUCGCGCUUCGUCUCCCAUCUGAAAACCCGAAAAACACGGAAAGAAACGAGAUCGGAUUCUAGCUAGCAGCACGCCAGUUGGCAGCCGCCCAAUAGCUCCAAUUUGAAUGCUGGAAGGGGAGCAUCUCGAGACCCCGGCGUAGAUCGCACGAACUUUUCCAAAAGAUCACCAACUCAGAGGCGUUCGAACAAUGUAACGACAAUUUAAACGACCCAAACAAAAUCGAAAGACGGAAAGUCAUUGAAAAAUCUUUCAAAAAAGCCCACAGAGAAACCACUUCAGCGAGAUCAGCAUGUCUUCCGGCCUGAUGUCGUGUGUGAGGGAAAACUCGCCGCCGCUGGAACCCGAGCUGGAUGCCAGUGGAUGCCAGGGGCCAUUGUCGUUGCCCUCGGAGGGCGGAAGGUCGCAUGGCGGUGCCGUCACCUCCACGCCCAUCUCCAGUCCAGGAAACAAUGCCCACCAGUCCACUCCGACCGCAGACCAAAAUCAGCAGCAGCAGAAACGUCGCCGCUUCCAUCCACUUCGCAAUCUCCGCCGCAUCUUCCGCCGCCGAACCAUCAACAGUUCCCCAGACAGUCCAUCGCCCGGUAUAGGUAUCGGACCCGGAUCCUGUAAUACCCUGCCGCCGCCGGCCAGUAGCAGCAGCGAGAAGAACCUACGAGCUUCGGGAACACCAGGAUCACCACUGAAUUCCCAGCAGCUGCCGGAGCAGAGCUAUCAGACUCAGUCGCUGCCAAAGUCCAAGUCCUACGGCUCGCACCGCGAUGAGUUGCUGAGCGUGCUCCUGGGCAAGAAGCGGACUGGCAAGCAGACGCCUGCACAGCACAGUCUGGACCAGAAUCCCAGCCAGUUCCAGUCGCCAACCCAAGCCCAGCAGGAAGCCAUGUCCCAGGCCCAGCGUGGCGUGGCCGUUUUUCCCGCCGAAGCCCUCGGUAUGAGCAGGAGCAGCUACUUUGCAGAGCAGCGCAUCCAGCAGCGCCAUCUACGCAGCGUAGGUGACUACUCGCAGGAGCUGGAGGGUGGAUCCGUAUCCGGUUCAGGAUCGGGCUCGGGAACCGGUGGAGCUGCCGACAUCUCUGACAGCCAGCGAAGCCUCAGCGAGGGUCGUCUUCUAGAUGUGGAUGGAGAUUACUCCCGGGAGACGCUGUCGCAGUCCCAUGACAGCGUCUUCUCCGAGUCAGCAACGGCCAGCAGUCUAUCGAUUGUACUGAAGGCGGAACUCACGGAUGUGCUGCGUAAGCGACGCAACCGACCAGAUGCCUCCGACGAGGAUCUGGGCCUGCCUCGCAGUCCGGCCUCCCCUCAGAGGAGGGCGGUCGGCGGCAACAGCAGCGGCCGGCUUGCCUCCGGCGGUGGUCACCACAGUCACCAUCAGUCCCGGGCACAGGGAGCACAUAGCCAGAGCGAGGUGUCAUCGCUCAGUCUGCUGAGUGUUAACAGUGCCGAGGUGGAGCCGGAGGAGAGCCACCGGCACCCCUCGCGGGUCUCCACCAGCUCGUCGAUCUCGAUGGGCUCGGACAUACUCCGUUCCCAUCAAGAGGACGAUGUGGAUGCCGUUGGCCGAGAGCAGCACCGGCUGUCACAUGCAGCGGCCAGGCACAAAAUGGCCAUCAGGCCGGCCAAAAAGAAGGGACCGACGAGGCAGCACCGCAUGACCUUGGAGACUUCCAUCCCAGAGGCCAACGAGGAAGGGCUGAAGAUGAGUCCAGGACUGCGAGCUGUGCAUGAUGCCGAGCUCAAGAACAAGUCGCGCUCGCUGCCACCGAAGACCCUGACUGCCAUGCUGCCUCAGACACAGGCGAUACCCGCCGGCUUGGUGACCACCAAGCGGACCAAGACGAUCGAGCAAAGCUCUACCAGCAGCACUAUGACCACGAACUCAUCCUCCUACGGACUGAGAGCCACGACCACGAAGGCCAAUGCCCUGUUGGAGCAUCGUGGCGAGUCCUCCACGGACUGCGAUGAUUUCCUGGCCAACGAGCGCGAGCGGGAGAACGAAAGCGGCUUCCUGCGUCGAUUGAUUCACAGGAACUCGAAGAGAUCCAUUGCCAGGGCCAAUGACGGAAUGGAGGACACGGACUCCAGCCAGAGCGUGGCCAAGAAGCUGCAGAUCUCGACCUCCUGUCUGGAGGCCACCGCCCGGGAGCCUGUCGUUGUGCCGGAUAAGGCGCGCAGUGCCACCUCUCACGAGCAGAACAUCCUGGAGACGCGCCAGAUCAUCAAGAGGGAGAUCCACAACGAAGGCAAGCACGGCCUGAACGCCAUAGUGAGCAACUACGGCGUCCACCCGCAUCCACCGACGCCCCUUAAGCCCAAAUCCGGUCCUGCAGCCCGGCAGCGUUAUAUGCCGAAGGAGCUGGGUGCAGCUCCCAGCCAGCCGGAGAAGUCUCCACUCAGUAACGAUGUGACCAAUUUGCUCUCCAAGAGCUCGCGCGGCAACGACACCUUCCAGUCCACGACUUUGGUGCGGGAGCAGCAGACCAAGGUGGAAACCUCAACCCACUUCGAGCGAAAGCCCCGGAUAGUGGGCCUGAGUGCCUUCCAGCAGAAGCUGUCACGUUCCAGCGACUCGGUGGGCCAGCACUCCAGCUCCUCCAACUCGUUGGAGACCAGCACGGACGAACCCUCACCCUUGUACUACGAGGAAAAGCAGCGCAAGACGGUGGAGAAGGCGCGCAGCUUCCGCAACUACCAGGAGGAGGGCGUGGAGUCGCCUUCCGUGCACAACAACAUGCCCAGUUUGCCGGACCUCUCGCUGAGCUUCCGGGUGCCGGCCUACUACAAGCAGACGCCACAGUCCCCCAUCUGCUCCCCGAUCUCGCCGAGCGCCAAGUGCGUAUCCCUGGGCUUCGAGAUCAAUGACAACAAGCUGCUGCAGGCGCGUGCUGAGUCUACGGGUCAGCUGCCAUCACCGGGAGCCAAGAGCUCUCCCCAAAGAGCUGUCUCCACCACCAAGCUAUUGGUGGGCAGUCCGGGACCUACGAAUAUCUCGCAGAUCGAGCAGAACAUUGACUUGAUAGUGAAGUCACCGUUGGUCAGCGUACUCAGGAAGUCGGGAAACGUGACGCAGCCGGAGAAGCUGCCAGAGAAGCCGUCCCAGGAGCCUUCACCGUCGCCCAAGCAGCGUCCCAAGCUGCUGGACCUGGGAACCAAGGUAGCUGUUCCCCUCGCAGCCAGCCCGAGUCCAGCCAGCCCGCUGACCAAGACCGCCAAGCUCUCAAACAGCCCACCGACCACGCCGGCCAAGGGCCAGAGCUCCAGCUCCAGCAGUCGUCGCAACUCCAGCAACAUGGAGGUCACAGGAGAGCCGGAGUUCAUGAAGAUUCAGCUGAAUCGCGUGGAUCAGGCCCGCUUGCACAACAAGGCGAAUCACUUGGUACUGGCCAAGAACCUGAAGUCGACGCCCACAGAGAGGAGUCAGAGCAGCGACGACCUCAGUUUCAGGCGAAGCAGCGGGGAAAGUCUCUCGGGAAUUGAGAUUGUGGAGCAGACGCAGCUGAAAGUCUCGACUCCGGUGGUCAGGCAGGGUUUGGAACCCUGCUUGAGCCGGCAGCUGCGAUCCGUGAGUGCCAAUAGUGUAAGGUCAAGCUACGGCAGCAGCAGUGAGGGAUUGUCCAUCCCGAACACUCCGGCCACCACACCCAGUACACCCAAGAGCAAUGGAGUGGUCAAGGGCCCUUCCAGGGAGAACAAGGAUACCAAGGAUGCCAAGGAGCAGGCCAGCCCCAAAGAUGCGGUAAAGAGUAAUCGCUUGUCGUUGGAAGAUCGCAAGAGGUUGUUCCUUAGCGAGGAGAAACCGAAGGUGCUGGUCGAGCAGCGCAGAAAGUCGAUCGGCAAGGCGGAGAUCAUAGCUACCAGUGCACCGCCGACGCCUUCAGUGAUACCUGCCACACCUGCCAUUCCCGUUACCCCUGUUACGCCCACCUCCCCCGAGAUCAGCGAAGUCAAUGGCAACAUCUCGCCCACUUCCACCUCCAAUCCCGUGGUGCUGCGCAAGAAAUCCUUCGCCAGCUGUAAUGGCAACACCGCCACGCCCUCCAAGGACGACCCCACGCCCGAGCUGAUGAAGGUCUUUGCCCGCCGCUCCCUAAAGGUGAAGGACGACGAGGUGGUGACGCUGGCACAGACACCAACGCCCAUCCAGGUUACGUCCGCCGCGACCGGCGCCGCCAAGAAGUUGCCGCCUAGCGGAAGUGGAGCUGGCAAUCAGAGCGUGGACAGCGACAAGGAGAACCAGUCCAACAGCGAGGAGAAGCUGGACAAGCUGGCGCCCAAGUACGAAGCGCAAGGGAGCACAGGGGAGACCGGAAAAACGACCCAUCAUCAUCCCAGCAGCAAUCGCAACUCGGUGGCCGACUUCCGCAAUCUCAACAACAACAACAAUCAGCAGAAGGCGCCACCAAAAGUGGUCACCUACCUGCCCCCCAUCAAGGCCAGCAACACACGCAAUAGCCUCAACAAUAGCAACCAAAUCAACAAUAAUGUGAACGGAAACGCUGUUGCCAAACCAGUGUCCGAGAGGUUCUCCCUCCAGCUGAAGCAGUCUAUUGCGACAGCAACAACUCCGACAUCUCCAGUGGCAGUCCCAGUAGGAUCAGCAGCCGCCGCCACGCCGGGAACUGCUGCAGCGCCCAGUAAACCCAUCGAGAGAUCCGCCACCGUAGGAGAGUUCAAGGGCAUCCACCAGAGGCGGGCCGAGUGGGAGCAGCGGGCCAAGGAGGCGCUGAAGUAGAUGAAGGUGCCAGACACCUCGAGACUGUACCUAGCCUAGCUGCAAUCCAAGUGCUUUUGUCUAGUGAUGAUGCCCACCCCCUCACCACAGCGGACCACGCGUAUCGUGAUCGGGAGGCACCAAAAUUUCUAUGUUAAUAUUGCAAAUAAUCAUAAUUAUCACACUAAUAGCCCCACUAAGCUGUAAGCCUGUAAGGGAUCGCGCGAAGGUAAUCAAAGUUGAGGGCGCCGGACUGGCGAUCUGGUCAUCCAAAGAAAAUAGCGACCAUGCUCGGGUCCGGCCUCCGGCAACACACUCUAUAGGCAUUAUGAAAACCGAUCUUCAAAAAGUGAAUAGUUUAGAGCCCUAUAUUUCAGUCCCUCUGCGUACUAUUUUUGCAAAAUUUGGAAUUCGAGAUAUCUUUGUAAACUCUAAUCUUUUCAAACCGUAAGGACUGUGAGCAUAGGAUAACGAAGAUUGCGAGGAGAUCCUGAUAUUCGGAACAUCUGAUUUACGUUAAGUUGAUAUUUCAAGCAAGCUUUUAUUCGGUAGAAGAGAAUGAUUUUACUAUUUAGGUUAGCUAUUAUUAAUUUCUAGCGUCGUAUAAUUAUUAUAUAUUAAUUCGGCUACCUUGGUAUGCUUAUCCUUGAUGGUUCUGCCGAGAUUACCCGAGGAAGUGAACCACAGACACAUAUUCAUCAAUGUGAAAACUUGACGCAUUAAAAAAAGGUUUGUAAAUGUACAUAAAAAUAAAAAAUAAAAUCGAACUAAUAAAUAUCCAAGUAUAUACAAA